AUGGCAUCACCAACUCCCAUUCCGAGGCCACCUGGUGUGCCAUUGCUAGGCAACAUCUUUGAUGUGAAGCCUGGUAACACUUGGGAUUCGCUCAGGAAGCUCUCAGACCAGUAUGGCGAGAUCUUUCAGAUCAAAGUCCUCGGGAAGACGCUCGUCUUCGUUGCCAGCGUUGCUCUAGCUGAAGAGCUCUGUGAUGAGAAGCGCUUCCGCAAAUACGUGGGCGGACCCAUCGUCGAGAUUCGAGCUGCCGUCCACGACGCACUUUUCACGGCCUAUGACGAUGAGGCUAGCUGGGGCAUUGCCCACCGAAUCAUUUAUCCCCAGCUGAAGCCCGAAGCUGUGUCUACUCACUUUAGAGAAAUGCGCAAUCUGGCUGGGGAGCUUUUCCAUAAUUGGAAGAGCCUUGGAGGCAGCCAUGUCAUAAGCCCCCUGGAUCAACUGAAUAGGCUGAAUCUCGAGACAAACACCUAUGUCUUCUUUGGCAAGCGCCUUAACGGACUGACUGGUCCUGCGCAUCCAAUGCUCCAGGCAAUGGAAGACUCUACCUCUGAGGCGAUGAAGCGCCCUACGCGGCCUGGUUUGCUCAACUGGCUGGUGUACGGCCGCAAGUUCAAGUCUUCAAACAAGGCGAUGCGAGAGUAUGCCGAAGAGCUAGUGCAGUUCCGCAACGAUAACCCGACAGAGAGACAGGAUAUGCUGUCCAUCAUGAUGACCACUCCGGAUCCGGAAACUGGAAAGACUUUGACCCCUUCGCAGGUCAUUGAUGAGAUAGUCUCAAUGCCCAUUGGCAGCAGCACCGCGCCCUGUUUGCUCGUCUACUCCCUCUACUAUCUCCUGCAGAACCCAGAAGUCGUUGCCAAAGCUCGCGAGGAGAUGGACCGAGUCAUUGGCGCUGGCGAGUUUGAAUUUGAUCAUCUCGGACAGCUAAAGUACGUCGAAGCCAUCAUGCGCGAAUCUUUGCGCCUCUCUUCCGUUGCUCCCGGAUUCAACAUCGAACCACGACCAAAAGAGGGCGAUAAGAGCCCUGUGCUGCUAGGCGGGGGCAAAUACCAGAUUGCUCACAACCAGCCCAUGAUUAUCGUUCUGCAAGGAGUGAACCGCGAUCCCGCUGUGUUUGAGGAGCCGAUGGUAUUCAAGCCUGAGCGUAUGAUGGGCGAGGCCUUUGAUAAUUUGCCCGCUGGCGCCAAGAAGUGGUUUGGCAAUGGCAAGAGAGAGUGCAUUGGCAAACAGUAUGCUCUGCAGUGGAGUCACAUUAUGCUCGCAAUGCUGAUCAGGGAACUCGACUUUGAGCCAGCAAGCCCAGAGUAUCAGCUCGAGGAAGACGGAUGGUUCAACACUCGCCCCAUUGACUUUUUAGUCAGGGUGAGGGCUAGAGCCAAGGCCACUUACUAG